AACGGAAGUGUACUCACCGGUGUCGAGAAUGCAGUAAAUACACAAUUGAUUAUACUUGAGAUACCACAAAAUCUAUUUUCGGUCAGUUUUUCUCAAAGGCCGUUGAACCUCUGGUUAAGUAUCACGUGUCACGGACAGUGUAUCUAUCUCAUCCAUACAUUUCAGGACUGUCCCAGCGGACAUCUGACUUUGGAUGAAUUUAAACGGAUCUACACAAAAUUUUUCCCCUACGGUGAAGCUUCCCGAUUUGCGGAAUACGUAUUUCGAACGUUUGAUCGAAAUCGAGAUGGGAUAAUCGAUUUUCGUGAGUUCCUAUGCACUUUGAGCACAACCAGUCGGGGUACAUUGGAGCAAAAACUUCAGUGGGCUUUCUCCAUGUACGAUUUGGACGGGGAUGGGUAUUUGUCGCGUCAGGAUGUCACUGAUGUGAUAGCUGUGAGUCAUUCCAGUGAUGGAUCGUCGUUUAUAUACCCUUUUCUAAAACUUGAGUCUCACGCGCCUGUUGUAUUCUCCCGUCCGAUUAUCAGUUCCCUCCCAUGUGAUAAAUGUGGUAUUGAACCGAGCGACAGAUUAACUUUUCUCCAACAUGUCUUGACGAAUGUUCCAGUGUCUAAAAUAUUUCCCCUUGAAUACCAAAAUGUUUGUUUUGCUAACGGGACCUUCUUUGAUUUACGUACACAUCCACAAGGGAUUUUCGUGUUGGUUAUACUGGUGUGUUAUUCGAUUAAAUUAUUAUAA